GAGUCCUCUCCUCCGCGUUCACAUUAUCUCACACGCUUCCUUUCCCCCUCUUCUUACCAGUUACCCCGUACCACCACCUCGCUUGUAUAUAAUAUCAAAUUACCCCCAAUUUCCAUUCAAUAAUCAGUUCUGUUCUUCCAAUCUGAAAACCAUUUGCGAGUUCACAUCUCCCCUCUCAGGCAUUUUUUCAAACACUUUUUUCUCGCUUUCACUUUGAUGGAAAUCUCAUCUUUCCCAUUUCUUAAUCAGGACGAGAUUUCACAUUUCUAUAGUCUGUUUCAGGACAUGGAUACUAGUGCUACUGGUACUGGUGCUUUUGGUGUGAACAAUGAUUUAAAGAAGAGGAAGAGAAAGGGUGACGAGGAAGAUGGAGAUGGUAAUAAGGACCCAUUUCAACAACAUGAUAAGCAAGAUGAUUUGAAGAAGAGUGCAAUGAGAGACAUACUUGCUUCUCUUUUGAUGUUGGAUGAGGAGGAGAAGCAAGAACAACAGCAGUGGGUUAUUGAUUCUCAACAAGAUAGAACCCUUUUCGAUUCUAAUUACAAGCGAAAAGUUGAAGUUAUGAAUGAUUAUAGUUCUCAGCUCCAGAACCAUUAUUCUGAUUUGGAUGAAAUGGAUCAUUCUAGAACCAAACGGGCACGCCGGUCCGCUUCCACAGUUGCUGCGCUGGCCAUUGAAAAUGCGGCUUCUGGAGAUUCAGCUCAGGUUAGUGGUAGUGGGGGCGCCGGUGGGUCAGGUCAGCAUCGGCGGCUAUGGGUGAAGGAUAGGUCAAAGGACUGGUGGGAGAGGUGUAGCCAUCCGGAUUUUCCAGAAGAGGAAUUCAAAAAAUCGUUUCGAAUGAGUAAGGCCACAUUUGCUAUGAUAUGCGAUGAGCUGGAUUCAGUUGUCACUAAAAAGAAUACUAUGUUAAGAGACGCCAUUCCUGUUCGCCAGCGCGUGGCGGUUUGCAUUUGGAGGCUAGCCACGGGUGAGCCUUUGAGACUUGUAUCGAAAAGGUUUGGAUUGGGGAUCUCCACUUGUCAUAAACUGGUUCUUGAGGUUUGCUCGGCUAUAAGGAAUGUGUUAAUGCCCAAAUUCCUUCAAUGGCCUGAUGAGGAGAGAUUGAGGUUUAUUAGAAGUGAAUAUGAAUCAAUGUCGGGUAUACCAAAUGUUGGUGGUUCAAUGUAUACUACCCAUAUCCCAAUUAUCGCACCAAAGAUUAGCGUAGCUGCUUAUUUCAACAAGAGACACACUGAAAGGAAUCAAAAGACUUCAUAUUCAAUAACAGUUCAAGGAGUUGUUGAUCCUAGAGGUGUUUUUACUGAUGUCUGCAUUGGCUGGCCUGGUUCAAUGCCUGAUGAUCAGGUAUUAGAGAAGUCUGCUUUGUACCAGAGGGGUAAUAGAGGGGCUUUGAAGGAUGUAUGGAUCGUUGGGAAUUCUGGGCAUCCUUUAAUGGAUUGGGUUCUUGUACCUUAUACCCACCAAAACUUGACAUGGACACAACAUGCUUUUAAUGAGAAGAUUGGUGAGGUUCAAAGGGUAGCUAAGGAAGCAUUCGCAAGAUUGAAAGGAAGGUGGUCUUGUUUACAGAAGAGAACUGAAGUUAAGCUCCAAGACUUGCCUGUUGUUCUUGGGGCUUGUUGUGUUUUGCAUAACAUCUGCGAGAUGAGAAAUGAGGAGAUAGAGCCAGAGCUAAAAUUUGAUAUUUUUGAUGAUGAGAUGAUUGCUGAAAAUGGCUUGAGAUCAGUUGGUGCUAUUCAGGCCAGGGAUCAUAUUGCUCAUAAUCUCUUGCAUCAUGGCCUUGCAGGAACUUCUUUUCUAUAAUUAUUAAUUACUCAUUCGAGAUAGCAUAUGAUUUUGUAGGCUGGAUAUUUUGUUUCUGCAUUAUUUUUUUUGCCAUGGGUGGGUUGCAUACUGUACUAGAUUAUAGGAUUGUCAGAUUUUUUUGAUGGGUCCAUGUAAAAUAUUUAUUUUGCCCAUCCCAACAAAUAAAUGGAUGCUUUUUAGUUAUUUUAUCGUCUUUCAU